AUGGCCAGUUCUCAGGGACAACUGACAUUCAUGGAUGUGGCCAUAGAAUUCUCUGAGGAGGAGUGGGGAUGGCUGACCCACAGUCAGCGGGAACUGUACAGGGAUGUGAUGUUGGAGAACUACAGGCACUUCUGCUUCCUGGGACUCAUUGGGUCCAAGCCAGACUUGGUGUCCUUUUUGGAACAGAAUAAGUUCUGGGAUGUGACAAGAAAGGAGACCGUAACCUUCCAUCCAGGUAGUAAACCUUACCAAUGUCCAGAAUGUGGCAAGGCCUUUAACAGGCACUCAAACUUUAUUCAACAUCACAGAAUUCAUACUGGAGAGAGACCUUACCAAUGUCAAGAAUGUGGCAAGGCCUUUAACCAGAGCUCAGCCCUUACUCAACAUCACAGAAUUCAUACUGGAGAGAAACCUUACCAAUGUCCAGAAUGUGGCAAGGCCUUUAACCAGAGCUCAGCCCUUACUCAACAUCACAGAAUUCAUACUGGAGAGAAACCUUACCAAUGUCCAGAAUGUGGCAAGGCCUUUAACCAUCACUCGGCCCUUACUCGACAUCACAGAAUUCAUACUGGAGAGAAACCUUACCAAUGUCAAGAAUGUGGCAAGGCCUUUAACAUCCGCUCAAACUUUAUUCAACAUCACAGAAUUCAUACUGGAGAGAGACCUUACCAAUGUCAAGAAUGUGGCAAGGCCUUUAAACAACACUUAGCCCUUACUCAACAUCACAGAAUUCAUACUGGAGAGAAACCUUACCAAUGUCAAGAAUGUGGCAAGGCCUUUAACAGGCACUCAAACUUUACUCAACAUCACAGAAUUCAUACUGGAGAGAAACCUUACCAAUGUCAAGAAUGUGGCAAGGCCUUUAACCAGCACUCAGCCCUUACUCAACAUCACAGAAUUCAUACUGGAGAGAAACCUUACCAAUGUCAAGAAUGUGGCAAGGCCUUUAAUAUCCACUCAAACUUUAUUGAACAUCACAGAAUUCAUACUGGAGAGAAACCUUACCAAUGUCAAGAAUGUGGCAAGGCCUUUAAACAGCACUCAGCCCUUACUCAACAUCACAGAAUUCAUACUGGAGAGAGACCUUACCAAUGUCAAGAAUGUGGCAAGGCCUUUAAACAGCACUCAGCCCUUACUCAACAUCACAGAAUUCAUACUGGAGAGAAACCUUACCAAUGUCCAGAAUGUGGCAAGGCCUUUAAUAUCCACUCAAACUUUAUUCAACAUCACAGAAUUCAUACUGGAGAGAAACCUUAG